UUAUUUAAAAUAGGGUCAAAACUCAAAACAGAGUCGAGCGAGGUUUUCCGUCUCUCUCUCCCUAACUAUCUGUCGUCUCAGUUGCCUUCAAACAUUUACACUUCCUCUACCGGAAAAGUUCCAGAACCACCACCUCCCUUCCGCCGCCGUCUAAACGCUUCAUGCCCAUCGCUCCCCCACCUAAUCCUAAAGCAAUUAAAUGCCCCCAGAUCAGCACAACUCACCUUAAUUUGCCCCUUUCACCUUCAAUUUUAUGCUAAUCACUAUUGAAGUACCAGUACUACUAUUUACCACUUCUAAAGAAAAGCCUCACUCAUCAUCACCGACUUUCCCUCAGUUCCAUGACUCUGCCGUCUCUCCGCAACAUGUUAAGAUCUCCACAUCGAAAAUGGUGGAACACAUAUUUCCUGAUAAUCUCACCCCUCACUCUCCUCUUCCUCACCUCCUCCACCAUUUCAUUUUCCUCCCUCCGCCCCCAAAUCCCCCCACUCCUUCCGCCGCCGCCAACACUCUCCACUCCUUACCACAAUUGGGAAAUCUUCAACGCUGAUUACCAACAGAUGCUAAACAAACUCAAGAUCUACGUCUACCCCGAUGCCUUUCCAAGCAAUUACAAAUCCAAUUCAUCCCCCACCGCCGCCGUGUUCCUCCCCAACCCCGACCCCUUCAACCCCAAAACCGGCAACUACUACAGCGAGCACGCCUUCAAGCUCGCCCUGCUGCGGAGCUCCCUCGUCACGGACCGCCCUGACGAGGCGGACUUCUUCUUCAUGCCGUUCUCCGUCAAUGUGAUGCGGUAUCACCCCCUCGUCCGCUCAGAGUCGGCCAUCUCCGACUUCGUGGCGGGCUACGUGUCCAGAAUCAGCUCGGAUUCUGGCCACUGGAACGCCUCCGGGGGCGCGGACCACUUCUUCGUCUGCUGCCACUCGGUCGGCCGCGACGCCGCCUCCAAGCACCGGGAACUCCACAACAAUGCCAUUCAGAUUACUUGUUCAUCUAGCUACUUUCAGAGGCUGUACACACCCCACAAAGAUGUAGCAUUGCCUCAAGUCUGGCCUCGGGCCGAUAUCGAAGCUCCCGACCCUCCUCAUCGGAGGACCGAGCUCGUCUUCUUCGCGGGGAGAGCUCAGAACUCUGCUGCUCGGCAAGAGGUGUUGCGCCUAUGGGAGAACGACUCAGCGUUCCGUAUAUUCGCUGGGCAUGCAUCGAUGCCGUAUGAGGAAGGUUUCAGGAGAAGCAGAUAUUGCCUCCACAUCAAAGGUUGAAAAACAUCAUAACAUUGGUGCCAGAGGAGACGUACCUCGACCUCUAUCGCAACUUGUGUGUGGUUAGGAAGCACUUCAGGUGGUCUGCUGUGCCUCGGAG